ACGUCUAUGGCUGUCCUCUGCCAUCUCCUCGUGCCCUCGUCUGUUUGAGGUUGUGUCUCGUGUCACCUGAGGACAGUUUUGACGCUGACGGUAAUACGGGACUUAUUUAUUGGCAAAAAUGGCUGAGGCGAUGCGUCAGACCGUGGCUGGAAUGUUGAAAGGCAUCGAAAGAUACAAUCCGGAUAACCUCACGACUUUGGAGAAGUACGUGGAGAUACAGUCCAGGGAGAAUGCUUACGAUCGGGAGGCAAAUCUGGCCGUGCUGAAACUCUACCAGUUAAAUCCGCAGCGAUUCAACAUGGAUAUCACGUGUCAGAUAUUGCUCAAGGCACUGACCAAUCUGCCACACGCCGAUUUCGUCCUGUGCAAGUGCCUGCUCAGCGAGAAACUGAUGUCGGAGAGCCCGAUUAGUCAAAUCAUGUACCUGGGAGAUAUCUUGGAGCGAUGUGACUUCCAGCACUUUUGGGACAGGAUGCUGACCAUGUCGGAGCUUUGCGACAGGAUCGUGGGUUUUCAGGACUCGAUAAGAAAGUUCGUGUGUCACGUAGUAGGAAUCACAUUUCAAACGAUAGACAGAGGACUCCUGGCACAAUUGCUCGGUGGCGUGGACGAUGCAACGUUGAAACACUGGGUUAAGAAGUAUGGUUGGAAAGAAGAGAGUAAAAAUAUCAUCUUCGUAGCGAAUCAAGAUGAGAACAUUAAGACCAAGAAUAUCACUGAAAAAAUUGACUUUGAGAACGUGGCAGGUUUGAUGGCUGCUUGUCUUUAAAGCUAUUACAGAUUAUUUCUAAUAAAAUUUAUUACAAAAUGAUCAUUCAUCACAAUCAAUUUAAAAUAUUUGUAAAAUAUUUUUCACAAAUUGAUUGGUAAAGAUCCAUUUCCUUCACAAUUUUUUGUUUGUUUUUACAAAGGAAAAAACAAAAUGUUUGUGUAUGCGUCGUAAUAACAAUCUGUUCCAUUUA